AUGCGCUGGGUGGCCUGGGUCGCGCCGUUGGCAUGGCUGGUGGACGUAGUAAGGGCGUCUGAGGCGGCGAGCGUAGCAAAGGACGGCGGAGCGGGAUCAGGUUCGAAGCUGCCGCUGUGGGUGCUUGUGUCGGCGACGAUUUCGGCGGGGUUGUCGACUGUCUUGAGUCUGGGGACGAUCUGGCUGCAGCUCAAGCACUAUCACAAGCCGAGGCUGCAGCGGCUUGUCGUUCGGAUCCUCGUCAUGGUCCCCAUCUACUCCCUCUCGACGCUCAUCUCGCUUUACUCGCUCGACCUCGCCUUCUUCGUUGACGCCGUGCGGGAUAUCUACGAGGCCUUCGUCAUCUACUGCUUCUUCUCCCUGCUCGUCGAGUACCUUGGCGGCGAACGCUCGCUCAUCAUCACCCUUCACGGCCGCGAGCCCGUCAAGCACCCCUUCCCUGUCAGCCUCUUUCUCCGCCCGAUGGAUGCGAGCGACCCUUUCACUUUCCUCGGUCUCAAGCGGGGCAUCUUGCAAUACGUCCAGAUCAAGCCGAUUCUCGCCGCAGCGACCGUCGUCCUCAAAGCCACCGGCACCUACAACGACGGCGCUCUCCGCAAAGACUCGGGAUAUACCUACGUCUCGAUCGUCUACAACCUCUCGGUCUCGCUCAGCUUGUAUUGCCUCGCGAUGUUUUGGGUCGCGACAAACGACGAUCUGAAGCCGUAUAGGCCGAUGCCGAAGUUCCUCUGCGUCAAAGGCCUCAUCUUCAUGACCUUCUGGCAAGGCUUCGCCGUCUCGAUCCUCGUCGCAACCGGCCUCCUCCGCACCUCGCGCUACGACUCGGAAGAGCUCUCCGUCGCGAUCCAGGACACGCUGUUGUGCUUGCAGAUGCCGCUGUUUGCGUUUCUGCAUCUCUAUGCGUUCUCCUACACCGACUACAUCGACGAGAAGCACAUCUACAGCGGUCGACUGCCGGUCUGGCACGCGUUCAAGGACGCGUUCGGCUACAAAGAUCUCCUCCUCGACUCUCUCACCACGCUCAAAGGCACCGGCUUCUCCUACCGGACCUUCGAGCCGGCCUCGGGCGCGCUCCACGCAGAAGGCCUGAUCCGGGACCGCCGCAUCCGCGCAGGCCUGCGCUACUCCGCUUCCGGACAACGGAAGUACUGGCUGAACCAGCCUGGGGCUGAGGAGGAUGCGUUUGGUCGGAGAGGAGAGGGGAUCUUGAAGCGCGGGUUGGCCGCGAGGCCGUUUCAUGAGAUUGGGAGGGUGCUGGAGGAGCGGUUGGAGCAGCAGGAGGGCUAUGCGCCGUUGAGUCAUGAGGAGGAAGAAGGCGGCGUCGUGCGUAUUGAUCCGGAGUGGAGGGCAGAGGAACUGGCGAGGCAGAAGGCGACGGGUGGAGGGGCGGUGGUGGGAUUGGGAUGGUGGGAGGGAGGGAGGACGUAUGAUGACCUGAGCGACGGGGAGGAGAGCGAGCCGGAGAGUCUGGACUUCGCGGAUCCGAGGGACGCGGAGGAGAAGGACAUGGAGAAGCUCUAUCGCGAAGCGAGGGAGCUCGAGUAUGGCGACUGGUCGUACCCCGUCCUCGACGCAUCGCGGGAAGCAGCUCGGCGACGGAUACGAGACGAGGAGGACGCGCUUCUCUCGGGCAAGUACGGCGCGCAUCGACGACGAGGAAAGGGCAAGGAGGCGCUGCGGCCGCCCGCUCAACAUCGGCCAGGCUCUUACGGCGCUCUCGCGGAACGAGAACCGCUUGCACAACAUGGCUCGUCCGGCGGGCCGUCGUGUUCGCAUCGCGACAGUCGCUCGCCACGCCCUCCUUCCGCCGACCCUCUCCCUCCCCCUCCCGCUCAACACCAGACCUCCGCACCUUCCGACCCACCAACUUCAGCCGACCACCCGGCCGCACUUGGCUCGUCCAUCAUUCACGGCGCCCACGACCUCCUCCACUCGGCACCGGACGACGCAGCGCGCCUCGCUACUCGCUUGCGCCUGCGGAAGAAAGAGGAGCAGUCGAGGUUGCCGCCUGAUGCGGUGGAUCUGGUCGUCGAGGAUACGCAGGCGGAGGAGGAGGAGCAGAUUCGGCAGAGGCGGAGGGGCGAACCAGGUGGGAAGAAGACGAGGGUGUAUCGCUUGGCGUAUGUGCCGCCGGAGCUGAGGGGGAAGGAAGGGACGGACGAGGAGCAGGAGGAGCGGAAGAAGGGGAACGAGGUUCACGAUGCGGUUCCGGGCGAGCAGGCGCGGGUCAAGGACGUUGUCGAGCGGGAGGAGGAGCAGGAUGGGCCACUCCCGCCGCCGAAAGGGUCGGUGCCGGGCGGAAACGAGGGGAGGAAGGACGAGGUCGUGCGGAUUGUGGUCGAGGAGGAGGAGCAGCAGGCGCGGCAGGCUGGCGUCGACGAGCGACCGCCCUCCGCGCCAGUUGGCGGAUCGCACGGCGGUGUGCUCGACGCAGCAGACAACCCGUGGCGGUAA